AUGGUUCGUGGUCUGUCGAUGCCCAAGGGCAACAAGUCAACUACGGCUUUGGCAGUCGUCGGCCUCGCCGAGGCACUCCUCGUGAUCGGCUGGUUCACAGCUUUUAUCUCUCAGUGUGUGGCUGAAUCGAAUGGUCUCCUUCGCCCUGGUAUCCGCCACCCGUGGUUCACCAUUUGGGUGGAGCUCUUCCUGAUGGUGGCGAUUGGUGUUUCGCUGGUGAUCGAGGCGCGCCUCAACCUUCUCAUCAUUGCUCUUACGGUGAUUGGUGUUUCGAUGUCGGUACUGGCUGUCGACAUUACGAUCUACUCGGACUAUGGCAGCUUGGAGGGUAUGGCCGCAGGCUACCUCAUCAUGGCGAUUGCUAACCUGCUUAUUCUGAUCUACUACUGCAUUGUCCACGACAAUGGCCACGGUGGCUUUGAGGACAAGGGCUCGCCCUUCAACCACACCACCGUUGUCUCGAACACCAACGGCCCUGCUGGUGGUGUGAUUGGCUCGUUCCCUGGUAGCGGUCUUCGCAACCGUUUCAGCAUGGGCAAGAACCCGAUGAAGAAGAGCGGCCAGCCUGAGGGCGUCAGCAACGUCGGUAUGGGUUCGGGUGUCUCGUCGGGCGUCGUUGCUCCUACCACUGGUACGGGUGCUGGUCUUACUUCGGGCGUGAGCAACCAGGCGGUGGACAUGUCGUCGAACCGCCAGGCCUACACCCAGCCUGAGGAGGUGGCCAUUGGUGUGCCUAACAGCACCAGCACCUCAAACGCCGCUUCCAUGCCAACUCAGGCUGUCCACUCCACGGAGCCAACGCAGGAGGUGCCGUACGGUGCUGGCAACGAUAUGACCACGUCCGGCUCGUCGUACCCACCGACAUACAUGAACACGCAGAACAGCGGUAACUUGGCCCCUCCGAUCACUUCGGCGAUGGGCUCUGAGACUACUGCUGCUACGACGGGUGCCGCUACUGGUGCCGCCGCUGGUGCCGGUGCUGGCAUGGCUGGCGGCGCUACCGCGGUCGCUAUGGAGGGUGUGCAGCGUGCUGAGGCCCUAUACUCGUACAAGGCCAACGCUGACGACCCGACCGAAAUCUCUUUCAACAAGGGCGAUAUCCUCCAGAUUGUGGACAGCUCGGGCAAGUGGUGGCAAGCUCAGCGCCCGAACGGUGAGCUUGGUAUUGUGCCGAGCAACUACCUUCGUAUGCUGUAA